UCCUUGAGUCAAAAAAAAAAAAAAAAAAAAAAGAUAAUAUGCCUAAUAUUUUUUUUUAAUAAUAUAUCAUAUGUAUAUAUUUUUUAGUGAUAAUGAUGCUAACCAAUACAUUUUGUAAAAAAUUAAGCCUGUUUUCCUCUGAGCAGUUGUGUUUCAUACCAACCGAGCGCUAUGGGCGAUUUCAGCCUGCCUGGAAAUCGCCCCCAGCGCUCUCAUUGACUUUCAUGUAAAAGCUUUUUUUUUCAAACUGCAAGCCCUGCAAUGCAUUCUCUAUGGGUUCCGGGAGUGCUUGCACUAACGUGAUUCCGUCAUAUCAUACGUACACUACAGUGAACGUCACGUGGUGCUUUGCUGCCGCCGCAGUCACGUUCACGAUCGUCAUGGCGAAUAUUACAGCUCAGAGCAACUCCAUCAUUUCAUUUAGAGAAUUACCAUUUAGUCGUCGAAGCAAUCAGGAAAAAUUGGCUGUUAAACAAUUAGGACCACCCCGACCAAAUUUAAAUAUAAAACAAAUAUCAAAGAAAGGAGGCAAGUCGUACACCAGGGGAUUUUCGCGGUGCUGGUACGAGAGGAAAAACUGGCUAGCAGGAUGCGAGCUAGCCAACGGACUCUUCUGCUACCCCUGCGUCCUCAUCCACCCUGAUGGCUGCACCACGGAAACACCUUGGACUACAACAGGUUUCAAAGAUAUGCAUCAUCUGUCCGAAAAAAUAAAAAAGCAUGAAGCAUCGAGGAUCCACAUUGACAGCUGCUUAAAACUGUCAGCGUUUGGGAGCGUCAACAUUGCUACGCAGUUGGACGAUGGCUACAGGCUAGCACUGCGUCGGCACAAUGAUGAGGUGGGAAAAAAUCGCCACAUUCUGGGCCGCCUGAUCGACGGUGUUAAGUUCUGCGGUGUAUUCGAGUUGGCCUUGCGAGGCCGAGACGAGAGCGAGGGAUCCAGCAACCCCGGAAUUUUUCGAGGAUUGGUACAGUUUAUUGCAUCCCUAGAUGAAGUUUUUGAGGAGCAUUUAAAAACGGCCACCGUCUUUAAAGGCACAUCCAAGACCGUCCAAAAUGAGCUGCUCGACUGCAUGGCAGCUGUCAUUAGGGCACGCAUUACGGAGGAGGUGAAGUCGGCCAGCUUCGUUGCGAUACAAGCUGACGAAACAACGGACGUCUCGACUCAGACUCAGAUGGUCAUGGUAUUGCGAUACAUUGAUGGGAGCCAUGCUGUUCAAGAGCGUUUUUUUGAGUUUGUCCCCCUCUCGUCUUCAACGGCUGACUCGAUUGCCACUGCUAUUAUGGAGAGACUGAACAGUCUAUUCACCGAGGAAGAGAGGGGUAAACUCAUCGCGCAAGCAUAUGACGGGGCCAAUGUGAUGAGAGGAGAGAAGGCUGGUGUGCAGCAAAAAGUGCGAGAGCAUUACAAAAAUGCACAUUAUUUACAUUGCUAUGCACACCAGCUGAAUUUGAUCAUGCAGCAAGCCACUUCUCAGGUCCCAGCAGUGAGGGUUUUUUUCUCGGAUCUGAAUGGCAUUUCUAGUUUUUUUAGUCGGUCACCCAAACGCACCACCAUCCUCGACCAGGUUGUUGCACGAAGGCUGCCAAGAGCAUCGGCCACAAGAUGGAACUUCAACAGCAGGGUCGUGAACACAGUCUAUGAGAACCUAGAUGACCUCAUAGAGUGUUUUGAAGCCAUCAGCACAGACGGCUCAUUUGACUGCACCACAGUGAGGGAGGCAUCUGGCUACCUGAGGAUGCUGCAGGACGAUGACUUCAAGUUUUUCCUGCAUCUAUUUCAUCAAAUCAUGCCUCACGUUGACAUUAUGUACCAACAGCUGCAGAAGAAGGACAUUGAUGCAGUCUUCAUCAAACGUGCUCUGCAGAGCUUCACAAGCAGUGUUCAAGCCAUACGGGACCAGAGCUCAUCUCCAGAGCAGCAGCAAGUAGCAGCAGGAACUACAGGAAAAAGGAGGGCCUUGGGAGAGCAAGACAAGCAGAGGCUGUCUAAGGAGGUCUGUGACACCAUCUUGGGCCAUGCAAACGAGAGGUUCUCUUUCACAAGCCACCUUGUGAGUGCAACGCUGCUACAAGGAGACCUGUUUGAGCAGUACUCCCAUGUGUUCCCUGAUGAGGCUCUGAACACCACUGCCAAGGCAUACCCCAUGCUGAAUAAGGCGAAGCUCAAGACUGAACUGUCCCUUAUCUACGAGAGUCCAGAUUUCAAGGGCUGCAGUGGUGCAUUGGCACUCUACCAGGUUCUACAGAGGAACAACCUCCACGAGACCCUAUCUGAGACUGUGGCUCUGUUGAACAUCCUCAUAACCACUCCCAUGACAACUGCUGAAGCUGAGAGGUGUUUCUCGACCUUAAAGAGAAUCAAGACAUUCCUGCGAAACUCAAUGGGACAGGAUCGUCUCAAUGCUCUGGCCAUGCUUUCCAUGGAGAGGGAACUAGUCAGGAACAUGCCUGAUUUUAAUGAGAGGGUCAUUGAUCACUUUGCUGCUUUGAAAGAGAGACGAGCAAAAUUUCAAUACAAGUGAGAAAUGUUGUUUUAAUGUUGUUGUGUUGUUGCACUACUCAAAUGUUGAAUUGGAAAUAGCUGUAUUAAUUGCAUAUCAUUAGCCAAUUUUUUUGUUUGCUUUGUAAUGUACAUGUGUCUUAUGGGUAAAUUCUUGUUAAAUAGCACCCAAUGUUUUGAUUAUCACCUUGGAUCAUUCUUGUUUUAGGAAUACUGUAAAUAUUGCAAUGAGUAGGCUAUGCCACUAGUUUUUAUAUAUGCUGUCAUCAAGUUGUGUGAUGAGAACUGUAAAUAUUAUAAUUACUAGGCUAUGCUAACAUCCAUUUUUUGUUAAAUCAGAACACAACUGCUGCACUUAAAAUAAAUGUUAUCAGAUGGAGAAAGA